AUCUGUGGUUGUUGAAAACAUAACCACAAAACGUUGUUUUGGUGAACAUAACCUAUGUAGAAAUAACAAAUUUUAAAUAUUGAGCAUGGAAGCAGAAUUAUUAAACCUUUCAGACGAAGAAUAUGUUGUUCAACGAGCAAAAAGGGCACUUAAAAUUGAUCCUGUUGCCGCAAAAGCCUGGAUGAUAACCGCAAAAACUUUGUAUCCUAAUAACUUUGCGGUUCAAUUCGAAGCCUACAAAAUUGAGAAAGAAGCAGGUCACCUGAAGGAAGCGGCAAAAUACUUUAGUGAUUUAUUGGGCAAGUUUCAAAGGGAGCCCGAAUUUUGGCAGGAAAUUGAAAAUGUUACGGCUGCGCUUCGGUAUGAACAUGAUGCAUCAGACACCGAUAAACACUUCUUAUGUGAAAUGUUUAAACACAUAUCGUUCGAUGUGCAGCACCAAUUACUUCUAUUCACCGCUGAGCAUUGUGAGGAUACUAUGGAGCACUGCAAACUAUUAUUGCUUUUAUUGCAGCGGUUUCCAAAUGCUAUUUCAACACAUGGACCAAGGCUUGUGGACACAUUGUUGAGUGCUGAGAAACACAGUCACGCCAGUAAUCAACCUGUGAAUCCAUAUCGGAAGCUACUCGUUUGUGAUGUUCUACCUCUUUUAUCAAAUGAAAACAUGAAAAUCGAGUUUUCUUCCAAAUUAUUGUUCAAAUUGUUGCACAAGUCGACUGAAUUUUAUUUGUGCUCUUUAGAAAUGUCGAAAAGUAGUGUACAGGAUCCAAACAUAAGUGUAGAUGAUCCUUGGAAGAAACUAUUUGCUGUGAUUGAAUUAACGGGAAGACAUCUCGGAUGGGAGUCAUACCUUAUCACUUUUAGUCCCAACUGGAGCAAAGAAAGUUAUUGGCAAAAAAUUCUCACAUUUUGCCAAACUCACAAGACAUCAACGCCCGAAGAUCAGAUGAACACCAAGCAACUGAUAUACUGUCUAACAAUAUUUUUCUUAAACUGCUUGUAUGACUACAACCUCAGUCUGUCACCAGAAGCACCUCCAGGUCAAGUACAAACUUCGUUUUUUCUUGUGGAAGCAUUUACAGAUCCAAAUCUACCAACACCCGUGACGGAACCGAAAUCGAAACGGCGUAAAGGCGAAAAUGAUUCGACACCACUCCUAACGGUAGACAAAUCCGAGAACAGAGGUAUCAUCGGUAACUUUUUAAUGGCCGUAAACUGCUGGGAUUUGUUUCAUUCCUCAGAUAACUUGCAACGAGAGUUUAGCAAACUAAACACUCACAUUAAACUGGAUGCGUGGUUAUUUAAUUUUCUAAUAGACUAUUCUAUAUACAAAGGACUUUACGAUGACGCACUGAUUCGACUUCAACAAAUUAAUGACUCUCAUUUGUCUGUAGCAAAAAACAUUCGACAUUCCAGUAUUUUGUACUUACGAAAAAGUUAUACGAGUUCGUUUGAGCCACUUUUGUUAGCAAUACAAGCCAUGCCGCUUGCUAACCGAGGCACUUUAAGUACACAAUUAAACACAGGCGGUACUAAUAGACAUUUGCAUUUUUUACCACUAACGCAAAUGGCAGUACUGCAAUAUUGUGUUAAGUUACUGUGUAGAUGUAUUAAGGAUAAUUUGAUGAAGCAAUCAAAUAGUUAUAAUGAACUGGCAAUUGGUAAUAUUUUGGUAUUGUUGCAAUUUGAUUGGCCGCAAGAAGAGGAUUUGUUGCCAUUAAUAAUAGAACAGAUUCGUCAAAGGGGCUCAUUUUCUUAUUUACUGUUCCAAGCAUAUAUAAUUAAUGUCGAUAUCUUGGAAGAAUUAACAUACCUGUGGACGGAGCAGGGAGGCCAAAUAUCUCUUGAUAUUUUACCACAUUUAGGCCAAAGGCGAAUUGGUACCAGAGGUGCCGAUAAAGGAGUCAAAGAAGAAAUUAAAUAUGCGAUAAAGAGGCAAAUUGCUAGGAGUAAUGAGCCUCUAGAUCUUUUGAUAAUGAAAUUUAUUAGUCAAGAACGAGGUCAUAUAUUGCAGUCGUUAAUGUAACUGCAAUUGUUUAUUUUUUUUAAAAUAAAUUAAAGAUUGAUGUAUAUUGUAAGAAUUUGAAAUAACAAGGUUUGUUAAAAUUUGCAAAAAUA